AUGGAAUCAUCCCAGAAGCUCCUUUCAAAAGAAGGCGAUUAUGACAGUGUUCUUCAGUCAGACUCGUCAGAAGAGCUGCGCAUUCCUGUCAGGCAUGACGAAGUGUACCAGGCCUUACGGCGGCGUACAAUUCGGCUUGCUAUGAUAGUCGGUGCUUUGACGGUUAUGUUCAUCCCGUCCUUGAUCAUCAACCUCCGACUCAUGCGGAGGCUCACACCUGCCCCGAGGCUGUCAUGUGGCAACACAACAGACGAGGCCAGGUCGCUCGGAUAUUGUUCCCUCCAUGGUGGCAGGGAGUUUGAGGAGGCCGGCACGCUCUGGCAGAUCCAGAACGGCACCUUUGACAGCUUCUACGGGGAGGGUUGGCCGUACUUCCGCGACGCCCACGGCACACAGAGGCUUAGCCACGAGGAGAUGGCUAUGCUGGCCGACGACGCCCCUGAUGGGGCCCGCUGGUAUUCCACAGCACGAGAGCACUCAACCCACUGCGCCUGGAACCUGCUUCGCAUGGCUCAUGCCUACUCAAACGGCCUCAGGCUUGAUCACCUCACCCGGAGCUACCCACACGCAAAGCACUGCGUUCAAACGUUGUUGGAGAAGGCACUCAAAGCACCCGAGAUCGACAAUAUUGUUACUAUCGGUAUGUGA